GCCCUUCCCGGCGCUUCCGCUGCGGCCUCGGCGCUGCGCUGGGCCCCAGGGGGACUCCGCCGAGCGCGGGAGCGGGAAGCGACCCUGUCCCCGCGCCGAUCCCCGCGGCGCCCCCGCCCCUGCGCGGGUCCGUGGCCGGAGCUCGGGCCGCUUCCCGGGCCGCGGGCCGGGCGCCCGGGGGAGGCGGGCGAUGGUGCAGAUGGAGACGCAGCUCCAGAGCAUUUUUGAGGAGGUGGUGAAAACGGAGAUUAUAGAAGAGGCUUUCCCUGGAAUGUUUAUGGACACGCCUGAAGAUGAGAAAACGAAACUCAUUAGCUGUUUGGGGGCCUUCCGACAGUUUUGGGGUGGCCUUCCUCUGGAAUCUCAUUUACAGUGCAUCCAGUGGAUUGUUAAAUUCAUUCAUGGCCAGCAUAGUCCUAAAAGAAUUUCUUUUCUUUAUGACUGCUUAGCAAUGGCAGUUGAGACUGGUCUCCUUCCACCCAGGAUGGUGUGUGAAUCCCUGAUAAACACUGAUACUCUUGAAUGGGAAAGAACACAACUUUGGGCCCUAACUUUUAAACUGGUUCGGAAAAUAAUUGGUGGAGUGGAUUAUAAGGGUGUUCGAGAUCUCUUAAAAGUGAUUUUGGAGAAAAUCUUGACAAUUCCCAAUACAGUGAGCUCAGCUGUUGUACAACAGCUUCUAACAGCAAGAGAGGUGAUAGCAUAUAUCUUGGAAAGAAAUGCCUGUUUGUUACCAGCGUAUUUUGCAGUCACAGAGAUCAGAAAACUGUAUCCUGAGGGAAAACUUCCACAUUGGUUACUUGGAAACCUAGUGUCAGACUUUGUGGAUACCUUCAGGCCCACAGCAAGGAUAAACUCCAUUUGUGGCCGUUGCAGCCUUCUGCCAGUUGUAAAUAACUCAGGCGCCAUGUGUAAUUCAUGGAAAUUGGAUCCUACAACUCUUCGUUUUCCUUUGAAAGGCCUUCUGCCAUAUGAUAAGGAUCUGUUUGAACCACAGACUGCUUUGUUGAGAUAUGUAUUGGAGCAGCCUUAUUCCAGGGAUAUGGUCUGCAAUAUGCUAGGUUUAAAUAAGCAGACCUUGAACAUUGCUCAGCACAAGCAGCGCUGCCCUGUGCUGGAGGACCAGCUGGUGGAUCUGGUGGUCUAUGCCAUGGAGCGAUCCGAGACUGAGGAGAAGUUUGAUGAUGGGGGAACAAGCCAACUCCUGUGGCAGCAUCUCUCGAGUCAGCUCAUUUUCUUUGUGCUUUUCCAGUUUGCAAGUUUUCCACAUAUGGUCCUUUCUCUUCAUCAGAAGUUAGCAGGGCGAGGACUGAUCAAAGGCAGAGAUCAUCUGAUGUGGGUUCUCCUGCAAUUUAUUUCUGGAAGUAUUCAGAAAAAUGCACUAGCUGAUUUUCUCCCUGUCAUGAAACUCUUUGACCUUCUGUACCCAGAAAAAGAAUGUAUCCCAGUUCCUGAUAUUAACAAACCUCAGUCAACUCAUGCCUUUGCAAUGACUUGCAUUUGGAUUCAUCUUAAUAGAAAAGCCCAAAAUGACAACUCCAAACUACAGAUUCCAAUACCUCAUUCCCUAAACCUUCACCAUGAGUUCCUACAGCAGAGUCUUAGAAAUAAAAGUUUACAGAUGAAUGAUUAUAAGAUUGCCCUGCUGUGUAAUGCCUACUCUACAAAUUCAGAAUGUUUUACAUUACCCAUGGGAGCUCUAGUAGAAACUAUUUAUGGAAAUGGAAUUAUGAGGAUACCUCUUCCUGGAACGAGCUGUUUGGCUUCAGCAUCUAUUACUCCCUUACCAAUGAACCUCCUGGAUUCACUGACAGUUCAUGCCAAAAUGAGCCUUAUCCACAGCAUUGCUACCAGAGUGAUAAAACUUGCUCAUGCAAAGUCCAGUGUGGCCUUGGCUCCAGCCCUGGUGGAAACUUACAGUCGUCUAUUGGUCUAUAUGGAAAUAGAGUCUUUGGGCAUCAAAGGAUUUAUCAGUCAGCUUUUGCCAACCGUUUUCAAGUCUCACGCCUGGGGGAUCUUACACACACUUCUUGAGAUGUUCAGCUACCGGAUGCACCACAUUCAGCCUCAUUACAGAGUUCAGCUCUUGAGUCAUCUUCAUACUUUGGCUGCAGUUGCACAAACAAAUCAGAACCAGCUCCAUCUCUGUGUUGAGAGCACUGCUCUUAGGCUUAUAACAGCCUUAGGUAGCUCCGAGUUACAGCCACAGUUCACACGCUUCCUUAAUGACCCCAAAACAGUGCUGUCCGCGGAAUCCGAAGAACUGAACCGAGCAUUGAUAUUGACCUUAGCUAGAGCAACUCACGUGACAGAUUUUUUUACAGGCUCUGACUCAAUUCAGGGAACUUGGUGUAAAGACAUACUUCAGACCAUUAUGAGUUUUACUCCUCAUAACUGGGCUUCACAUACUCUUAGCUGUUUUCCAGGCCCACUACAGGCAUUCUUCAAACAAAAUAAUGUACCUCAGGAAAGCCGUUUUAAUCUGAAAAAAAAUGUGGAGGAGGAGUAUAGGAAGUGGAAGUCAAUGAGCAAUGAAAAUAACAUCAUCGCCCACUUUUCUAAUCAAGGCUCUCCUCUCUUCCUUUGUCUUCUCUGGAAAAUGCUCUUGGAAACAGAUCAUAUUAAUCAGAUUGGUUACAGGGUAUUAGAAAGAAUUGGAGCCAGGGCCUUGGUUGCCCAUGUGAGAACCUUUGCAGAUUUCCUGGUAUAUGAAUUCUCUACAUCAGCUGGGGGUCAGCAACUCAACAAAUGCAUUGAAAUUCUUAAUGACAUGGUAUGGAAGUACAAUAUUGUUACAUUGGACAGAUUAAUUCUCUGCCUGGCCAUGCGUAGCCAUGAAGGAAAUGAAGCCCAGGUUUGUUAUUUCAUAAUUCAGUUGCUGUUACUCAAACCAAAUGAUUUUCGAAACCGAGUAAGUGACUUUGUGAAGGAAAAUUCCCCAGAGCACUGGCUGCAGAACGACUGGCACACCAAGCACAUGAAUUACCACAAGAAAUAUCCUGAGAAGCUGUAUUUUGAGGGCCUGGCGGAGCAGGUCGAUCCUCCCGUGCAGAUCCAGUCACCCUAUCUGCCCAUCUAUUUUGGCAACGUGUGUCUCCGAUUCCUUCCUGUAUUUGAUAUAGUAAUCCACAGGUUUUUAGAGUUGCUUCCCGUCUCCAAAUCACUGGAGACUCUCCUAGAUCACCUAGGAGGGCUGUAUAAAUUUCAUGAUCGUCCAGUGACUUAUUUGUAUAAUACUCUGCACUAUUAUGAAAUGCACCUGAGAGAUCGUGCAUUUCUCAAACGAAAACUUGUUCACGCGAUCAUCGGCUCUCUGAAGGAUAAUCGACCGCAGGGCUGGUGUCUAAGUGACACUUACCUGAAAUGUGCUAUGAAUGCCCGAGAAGACAAUCCUUGGGUCCCAGAUGACUCCUACUAUUGCAGACUGAUUGGCCGACUAGUGGAUACGAUGGCUGGCAAGUCUCCUGGUCCAUUUCCAAACUGUGACUGGAGAUUCAAUGAGUUUCCCAAUCCAGCUGCCCAUGCACUGCAUGUUACUUGUGUGGAGCUCAUGGCCUUAGCUGUUUCGGGCAAAGAAGUUGGAAAUGCUCUUCUAAAUGUUGUGCUAAAAAGUCAGCCUUUAGUGCCACGAGAGAACAUUACAGCAUGGAUGAAUGCAAUUGGAUUGAUCAUCACUGCUCUACCAGAGCCAUAUUGGAUUGUCCUUCAUGAUCAAAUUGUGAGUGUCAUCAGUAGUCCCAGCUUGACAUCUGAAACUGAGUGGGUUGGCUAUCCAUUCCGCCUCUUUGACUUCACUGCUUGUCAUCAGUCCUACUCCGAGAUGAGCUGUAGCUAUACGUUAGCUCUAGCGCAUGCUGUGUGGCACCAUUCUAGCAUUGGGCAACUUUCUCUCAUUCCCAAGUUUCUCACUGAAGUACUUCUUCCUAUAGUGAAGACUGAAUUCCAAUUGCUUUAUGUGUACCAUCUUGUGGGACCAUUUUUACAAAGAUUUCAGCAAGAGAGAACUCGGUGUAUGAUAGAGAUUGGUGUGGCAUUUUAUGACAUGUUGCUGAAUGUAGACCAGUGCAGCACCCACUUGAAUUACAUGGAUCCCAUCUGUGACUUCCUAUACCAUGUGAAAUAUAUGUUUACUGGUGACAGCGUGAAAGAGCAAGUAGAGAAGAUUAUCUGUAAUUUAAAACCAGCUUUAAAACUUCGUCUUCGAUUCAUCACACACAUUAGCAAGAUGGAACCAACUACAGUACCUCCACAAGCCAUAAAUAGUGGGUCUCCAGCCCCUCAGUCUAACCAAGUGCCAGUGUCUUUACCAGUCACUCAGUGAAGUCAGCAUGCACCGUGCUGCAAUGGAGAUAACACCUGUCUUUCAGAGUGGACCUGUUAAAUCUGAACGUGGUCAUACUACAUAGUGAUGUAGUAGAA